ACAGUAGAUAACUUCAGCGCUCUUUCUGCAGCCACCGUCAAUUGUCAGACUCUUCCGGUUUAACGCAGUUUCCGGUCUUUCCGCGGGCAUUCGCUUCCAAUGUUCGCUUCAGUGAUUGCGGUGCCACGGAAGUAAAUAUGACAUUGACAAGAACAUUACUUCAGAGGACAGCACAAGGGGGUAAACAUUUAAUAGAAUGGCUCCAGAGGGAGAGGCUGUUAUCAAGAAAAAAACGCUGCCCUGUGUGCAACAACAGAAUGAAAUUCAAAAGAACCAACACGACCAAGGAUGGAUAUAGGUGGAGCUGUAGAAAGGCAAACCACAGGGGUAGUGGCAUCACAAGGUCCAUCAGAGAGGGCUCAAUAUUCUCCAGGUCACACAUUACAUUAGCAUCAUGGAUGAAGAUUAUGCACAGUUUGUCGCAGGGUUUGAGGAAGAGACAAGUGGACAUGAUCGAGGAUGGAGUAUGUGGGAGCAGCCAAUCAUUGACCAGGGUGACUACACUGUUAAGAGAGAUCUGUGGUAAAGCAGUCAGGCGACUGGAGAUUAGACGGAAAAUGCGUAUAGGAGGGAGGAGAGCUUUUGUUGCCAUAGAUGAGAGCAAAUUCAGACACAAAAGAAAGUAUGGACGUGGACGACGUGGACACACCUGGAGAAGACACUCGUGGGUCUUUGGAAUGGUGGAAGUCAAGGGAUGCCAUAGAUGUCCCAUCUUAAAGCUUGUAAAAAAUCGUUCCAGGAAGCGACUGCUCCCGAUUAUCCAGAAGUACAUUAGACCUGGUAGUAAAGUGAUAAGUGAUAGCUGGAGUGCCUACAACAGGUUAUCACGUCAUGGUUACAUUCACUAUCAGGUGAAUCACAGGAGACAUUUUGUCCACCCUGGGAGUGGUGCUCACACGCAGCAUAUAGAACGGGCGUGGCGAAAUUAUAAAGAGGACAUUUACAGAUACAGAGGAAACCUGACAGAAAAGGCAUUAAAGAUGAACUUGAGGUUCAUUGAGUGGAGCCACUGGCUUGGAAAGGAGCACAAGAAGGGUAUUCUUGGAUGCCUUUGCAAAGACAUCAGAGCGUGUUACCAUGUUUAAGUGAUAGUGAUGGGGUAAAUACUGCAGAUUUCCUAUCGUGUGAUCAAUAGUUUCAGUCUAUUUAAAAAAGAAAUAAAAUGAAAAAUAGACUCAGAGCUCCUCAGAGGCCACAUUACAAUUAAUUAAAUAAAUUAUAAGCGUCUGAUCUUACAAUGUGACCCCCCAAAAAUCAAGGCUUCCUUUUACAGUAUAUGUUCAGCUUGCUUACUGAGUAAAUACUGUUGAUUUACAUAGUAACUGUAGCUAUUACAGAUUAUAGGGUAAGAUCCCAGUAAUUCCAUGGGAAUAAAAAGGCUUCCUUUUACAGUACAGUUUCACUUUACUUACUGAGAAUGUUUUAGUUAAGUUGCAGAACACACAUGGUAAAAGUUUGUGAUUUCAAAAAUGUUUAAGCAGUAGCA